AUGUCGUGGUCAUCAUUUGCGAUCCCAACCCCGCGCACCUCCACCGUCGCCUCCAAUUCCGACUCAGAUAGCUUGACGCUAUCCUCCACAACAACAUGGAGCCAAAGUUCGGCCGGAACGCAGCCGGUUCCCUGCCCGGGCAGGCCCUUAGCACACAUUGAUUCUGGCUACGGGACCCAAGACAACUCUGCCCUUGUCUCUCUGAGCGUCAGAAGCAACUCGGAACUAUCGAAACGAAAUGGCGAAGCAUCUCGAGGCAAUACCCCAAGAAGCGUCCCGUUGCCCGGCAAGGAAGAGCUACAUAUAUUCAGGAUUGAGGUGGAUGGCGCCUGCAACGCCCGCUUUCGGGAAAUUGCGCCAGAGUUACAGCGCCAAUUACUGAAAAGCACUCAACAAGGGAUAACCCUAUUCCAGUCAUCGUCAAGGGCCAGGCCUAGGAGGCAAAUGACCAUGGCUUUAAGACUCAUGACGGUUGGUAGAACGAUCGAGAUGGCGAGGCCAUCCAUCGUCAUCUUCCUGCCCAGUGAGAGAGCCAGCCGGAUCGAAACUUUGCUAGAACAGCCAUAUAUGCGGUCGCUGUACAGGCCUGAUGACGGCAUAACACCCUCAUUCGACGUUGUUGUCGUCGGCCAGGCGCCGAGGAAACGAUUCUGUGAAGACGUUCGGGUUACUUGGGACACGAGCCGCUCCAAAGAAAGGGAUCUUGCCACCUACUGUGGCGCUCGGAUCUGUCUGAAAACAAACCAGGGGGCGUCGGCCAUGGCUACACUAGGGGGCAUUGUGAAGCUUACCUACGGACCCAGAGACUUUGAACUCGUUGGCAUGACCGCAGGGCAUAUCUUGGAAGAGCUAUUCGAUCUCGAAGAAGCAGAGAGCCUCGGCGGGCACGAUUUCUCCAGCCCGGUCUCGGGGGAAAGACCGAACAUCUCACGCCGCGGGUGCUGCAUCUCCCACCACCACCACCACCCCCCAACCUCCCGAACCGGCCCCACCUCCGGCAUAAGCCUAGGCCUAGGCAUGAUCAACGGGCUCAGCCUAACCACAGCCCCCCGCGCCAGCUUCCCCACGCUCGAGCCCAUCGAGGUGGCCCUGCUCACCAGCACCCCCGCCUCCCACCCCUCCAGCGACGGCACCAUGCUGGGGGUACUGUCGCACAUCCCCGGCGGCAUCCUGCUCAACACCACCGACAUGCAUGCGCAGUUUGUGGAGGCGUACCUGCUGGAGCUGGACGAGGGGCAGGCGGUGGCGGACGGGGACUCGGGCGCGUGGGUGGUCAAUCCCGUGUCGAUGGAGGUGUAUGGGCAUGUGGUGGCGACGGAUGUGACGGGGGAUGCGUAUGUGGUGCCGUUGUGGCGGAGCUUGGAGGAGAUGAGGCAGAGGUUGGGGGUGGAGGCGGUGGGGUUGCCGGAGACGGCGGAUUUGUUGGAUGCGGCGCUGAGGGCGGAGGCGGGGGUGGGGGUUGGGAAUGGAGAUAUCUCUGGGGACGGUGGUGGUGUUGGGGCUGAGGGCGGUGGUUGGUAUGAUGGUGUUGGGGUUGGGUCGAGGGCGCGUGUGAUGAUGGGGGAUUGUGGGCCGAGAGAGAGGCGGGCUUCGGAGGUUUUUUUGUUGUGUGAUGGGUGGAAACUGGGGGAUUUGAAGAGGUCGAGUCUGUAUCGCGAUGUGGACUCGGGAUAUGGGUCGAUUGGGUCGACUUUGGGUGAGGGUACCCCUUUUGACGAGACGGAUGAAGAUUGGUUUAGGGUAUUCUGGGCGGGCUGA